GAUUUUGCAAAAAAAUAACUGUUCAACAAAUAUCCUUCCUCAAAAAAGUGCAAAUACUGACCAACUGCGAAGGUUUUGUGGAUGCGGCUUUGCUGAUGCACCAGAAAUCAAGAAGGAAUAUUGGUCAAGGUAAGCAUCAUUACACUCCCUGAAUUCUGCGACAUCCUGUGUUUGGUUACAUACGUCUACAAAUAAAACGGUACUGAAACUGAGAUUGUGACAGAGCAUUGGAAUUUUCCAUUGGCAUUACUGCUGAUCACUUGGUAAGUCCCGAAUUGCAUAAUUAGUAUCUUCCAAGCAACUAACCGAUGCCUAAUUGGUGACUGACUUUAAAUUACUGUUUAUUUUACAUCCCGUUCAAAACAAACACUUUGCCUCUGUGGAAUAUUUCUGUGAUUUGGUCUCAAGUGUGUCCUAAACUCUGCUGUCCAUUCCACUGGUUCUGUGAAAAAGUCUGGUUGGGCAAGAUUGCAGCAAACGAGUUUCGGCUCGGAGGCAACACUAGAAGACUCCUCCUCUGAAUUCUCAUUCAACAACAAGGGCAGUCAGGAAGGAUUCAGGAAGUCGCUGUCGACUCUGAGUGGGUGGGUCUCACAGAUAAAUUUCAGUCCCCAAGAGCGGACCGUUUUACUUCUUUGAAGAGAUCGACAGAGCUACAGCAUGGUGGCUGGAAGGAGACAGAUCCUGGGUAUGGCCCUGGCCAUCAUCGGCUUCUUGGGCAGCAUCGUCAUCUGCGCCCUCCCCAGCUGGAAGGUCACAGCGUUCAUUGGGGCCAACAUCGUCACCUCUCAGGUCAUCUGGGAGGGUCUGUGGAUGAACUGUGUGACACAGAGCACAGGCCAGAUGCAGUGCAAGGUCUACGAUUCUCUGCUGGCCUUACCUCGAGACCUGCAGGCCGCCAGGGCGCUCGUUGUCAUCGCCAUCAUCGUCGGGGUCGUUGGGAUCUUGCUGGGCGUGAUCGGGGGCAAGUGCACCAACUUUGUGGAGGAAGAAAGGCAGAAGAGCAAGGUGGCCAUCGCCGCUGGAAUUGCCUUCCUCAUUGCAGGCCUCAUGGUGCUCAUACCCGUCUGCUGGUCCGCAAACACCAUCAUCCGUGACUUCUACAACCCACUCCUGACCAACCUUCAGAGGUCUCCCCUUCUCCUCGACGCCAUGGCCUCGCUGGGGAUGCAGAUGUUGGCCAGCGCUCUUUGCCUCCUGGGCUGGGCCAUGGUCAUCAUCUGCUGCAUGCUCCCCAUGUGGAGGGUCACGGCCUUUGUGGGCAGCACCAUCGUCACCUCGCAGACUAUCUGGGAAGGCAUCUGGAUGAGCUGCGUGGUCCAGAGCACGGGGCAGCUGCAGUGUAAACCAUACUUCUCCCUGCUUUCUCUCAGCGCUGACCUGCAGGCCGCUAGGGCUCUCACGUCCAUUGCGAUCGUUACAGGCGCCGUGGGCCUCAUUCUCGCCUUCAUCGGAGGAAAGUGCACUCGCUUCUUGGACGAGGACCGACCUGGGCUUAAGGGAAAGGUGGCUGUGGCAGCGGGGGCUGUGUUGAUAUUCACGGGACUGCUCUGUUUGAUUCCCACCGCAUGGGCAGCCGGGGCAGUAGUGAGGAACUUCUACAGCGCAUCCAUAGAUGCUCAGCGCAGGGAGAUCGGAGCCUGUCUCUACAUCGGCUGGGGAGCGUCCAUACUGCUCUUCCUGGGCGGCGGUCUGUUCAUCAGCUCAGCAUGCCCCCUCAAAGCCCAUGAAGACGACAAGAGCCCCUCUGUCCGCUACCUGGUGGUCCGCUCCUCCAACGGAUCCAGCCAGGCGGGCUCUCAUCGCACCCGGGCACCCACGGCAAGGUCUCAGCCCGUCAGGUCCCAGAGCCGAGAGGGACUGACCGCGAAGUCUCCACAGAGACCCCCGUGGGAGGAUGCGCCUGAGCCGGUCUUCAGGGAGGAGUCCGAAAACUCCUGGGCGCCCUCGUCAAAGUCGCAGAUGAAAAGACCGGAGUCGACGAAAUCUGAGAACAGCGAGGCACCGUCGACAAAGUCUCAACUCAAACGAGCAGAAAUGGAAGAGGUUUUGUCAGCGACCAGUGACAAUGAAGAUGCAUCCUCAAACCCAGCGAAAACAUACCUGUAACAUGAGUACAUACACAGCAUCGACAUAAAUAUGUGUAUUUAAGUUUAAACACACAGUACAGUUAAUUGUAGAUAGUAGUAUAAGUGUGUGUAUAUAUAUUUGGCUAUAGUUUACUGUUUAUAAUAUUGAGGUUUCAGUUUGGGUUUACUUCUUGAUGUUUUGUUUCUAAAGAGCAACGGGGAAAUGACUGACUACAUGAAUCGAUAUGAAGGAGAAAUUUAGCUUUUAAUGUGUUACAUGUGUUAAAACUGAGCUUUAAACCAAACGUAUAAAGCAAGUGAAGGAUGCUAUUAUUUAUCUUAUUUAAACUGUGUGAACUUUAUUCUCAUUCAUUCUCACUGUAAAUGUGAUGAUUGUGACAUUGCUAUCAACUUCUGUUUUUAAUGUUUAGUGACAGAUAGUGUUAUCUGUCUGCGUCAAGAACUUUACCUCCGACACUGAAGGCUUUUGUUUAUGCUGGACACAAACUGUAGCAACACGAAUGCAACACGAGUGACCAAGUAGCUAGAUAAUUAAACAGUUUACAAAUUUUUCGUUGUAUGAGAUUAUGGAUCUUUUCUUUUUUUUUGCUGUUUUUUUUUAAUUGUUUCUGCAAAGAAUAGGAUCUUUGUCGUCCUAUUUGUGUUUCUGACAGAUUUUUGUACAUUUACCUUUCAAUAAAUAAUCAGACAAGC